AAGGAUAUAAAUAAAUAAAAGAAGAGGAAAUUAAAGAGAAGGCAUGGUUUGCCUCAAUCAGCAUCAGCUUUUGAUUUCUUGGAUAGUUUUGUUAGUGUUGUUGGUCCCCUCAACCCAUGCAAACUGUGCUUUUGAAGCCAUUUUCAACUUUGGUGACUCAAAUUCGGAUACAGGUGGAUUUUUCGCAGCUUUUCCAUCUCAACCGUCUCCCAAUGGCAUGACAUAUUUUAGCAGGCCGACUGGUCGAACGACUGACGGCAGGCUACACAUUGAUUUUCUAGCUCAAGCACUUGGAUUGCCAUAUCUAAGCCCUUAUCUGCAAUCCAUUGGGUCUGAUUACAAGCAUGGUGUCAACUUCGCCACGUCAGCUUCGCCCGUGAUCCAGCCAAACACGUCCUUGUUCGUGACCGGCGUAAGCCCCUUCUACUUGGCAGUUCAGGUCAACCAAAUGAAGCUCUUCAAGGCAAAAGUUGAGGAGUUUAAAUCCCAAGAACAAACAAACCUUCCUCAACCUGAUAUAUUUGGGAAAGCCCUCUACACAAUCUACAUUGGUCAGCAUGACAUCACCUAUGACAUAGUCGGAGCAAGCUCCGGUGGUGUAAAGCAGUAUGAGCCUCAAAUUGCUUCGGAAAUCGCCAAUGCUAUCAAGGAACUGUACAAUCUCGGAGGGCGCACGUUUUUUGUCCAAAAUCUAGCACCGAUCGGCUGCUAUGCAGCCGUUCUAACGCAGGUGUCUCACGAGAGCUCGGACAUUGACUCAUUCGGGUGCAUGAUGUCCUUUAACAAUGUUGUCAGAGAAUACAACUCUGUCCUAAAUAAGACCCUUCACAGUACAAGACACGAACUUCCCGAUGCCAACAUUAUUUACGUGGACACUCACUCCGUGAUUCUUGAGCUUUACCAACGACCCACUUCCCAUGGGUUGCAGCACGGGAUCACGGCAUGUUGUGGGUAUGGAGGUGGAGAUUACAAUUUCCACCCCAAGGUUUUCUGUGGGAACACAAACGAGAUUGACGGCCAGAAAGUCAUGGCCACGGCUUGUGAGGACCCACAGAACUACGUGAGCUGGGAUGGGAUUCAUCUCACGGAGAACGCGAACAAGCUCGUUGCCUAUGCAAUUCUCAGUGGAUCUUACUUUGACCCUCCCUUUAAUCUCAAUCACUACUGUGAAAUUCAGCCUAUUGGCUGAGCAUGUCACAUUUUUGUCAUUCUGGAAAGAAAUAAUCAGGUGUUGAUCAUUGCAUUGAUCAUGCAUGUUGCAAUGUGGUGAU